AGUAGCCUUGCGCAGCACUAAGGUACCAACAACUAAGGCGUCAAAGGGCAACACCCAAGAAUCAAUACAUAGUUGUACCCCAGUCAAACCUGGUGUUGGACACCAGCGAGGUGGAGCUUUCUCCAAGUUUUUUCACAUCGUGUAGAAUUUUUCAUAGAAAUUACUUUAGAGAUAACAAUAACCUUUCCUCGUCCUGAUUUUUCUUUUUCCAUACUCAUACCUCUAGAAGUUCUAUCGCGACCGCGUCCUGCUUCUGUAGCUCAGAAAUAUUAAAGAGCUUUUGUAUUUAUUCACAAGCGAAGACACGUGUUACUUUUGUUGUAUUUGCGACCCCAUCAACAGAGCAGGAGAACGUCGUGUAGAAUCCGAUCGUCAUCAUCGUCAUUUCAUUUCCGUGUGGCACUCAAUCAUAUUUAGGAUCAUCCGUAAUUUUCACGCGAAGCAGCUUCAUUAUCAUUUGUCUUACCACAUAGUACCACUUAUUUUAUCUUUUUUUCGAACCUUGAAAUUGAAUGUGCCUCUUUUUUUUGUCAAUACGAAACACAAACGUCAUCUCAUCGAUACUAACCAUAUCUUAAAGCAACAAGGCCACUGCCAGGCGAGCAGUGUCAAUAAAAUCAAAAAGUUUUUUUUUUUUUAAAGAGCACUAGAGCUGCCGUCACGAGACAAGCAGUGACAAUAAACACAGCACUAGCAAGCAGUCCAUUGAGGUUCCAGAUCCACCAAGAGAAGCAGGCCAGCCAGAAGAGCUAGCCCCAUCUACCGCCGCAGCAGCAAACAAAAUCUCGUCUACACCAUCAAUCUAUCUGCCCACCUGAGAGGAACUAGAACUAGAACUACCGUCAUCAAGCGAUAGUACGUAGAAGACCAAGAGCGUAUCAUCUUCUAGCUCCAACUGUAACGAAGACUGAAAUUGAAAUUCCGAAAAAAAACCUGUUUAGCUGAACUAGUAGGAG